CAAGCGUUAUAGAAUUAUCAAUUCUUAACUUGUGAUGAUGGUAGCUCCUUUGUUUUGACUUAUGAGAUUAAUUAAUUUAAUGCGAGUAUGGCUUUAUAAAGGGACGUGGGUGUAUUGCAGUGCUCAUCCACAUCACAAUAAAGACUUUACAGCAAAAUAAUAAUGGCGUCGUUAACAGCAGCAGCACUGAAGACUUUGUUCAGCUUAUUGGCUUGUGUGAUGGCAGUUUCACUUGUUUAUGGAUUUGCCACUGACUACUUCGUUUCUUGUUUCGACCCAAAAGCCAGGUGGAUGCAAGUGGGAUUGUUUGAUUUUUGCGUAGAUGUUUCGCUUAUAGCCGCUUGGUUUUUCUACAAAGAAUCAAGAUGGAUCCUGCGACUUGUUUUUAUAUUUAUCCUAUUCUGGUUCGGAAGUUUUACUAUUUGCGGAUACAUCGUUUUACAACUUUUCAAGUUGUCACCUGAAGAAUCUUCAAAAGAUCCCUUUUAUUUUGUGCUACUGAGGCGUCAAAAAAGGGAUGCAAUUGGACACACGGGUGGAGUUUCUGUUGGUACAACAAGAACAAUCUAUCUUUCACUUGCCUGCUUGUUGAUAGGAGGAAUAGUUUUUGUGUUUGUCACCGAUGGAUCUCCAUUUCGUGCGGAAGUAUUCUCACCGUGCAUGGUCCCAUUGCUAACGGACUUAUUUAUCCAUGUCGUGGUUUUCUCGGUGUGGGUAGCAUAUAAGGAAUCAAGUUGGAUAAAUGCUUUGGUUUGGAUUCUUUUAAUCAUAUUUUUUGGCGGCAUUGCUUUGUGUGCAUACGUAGUACGCGAGUCGUUAUACCUCUCAUCUGAACAACCUGCUUAUCUUAUACUUUUCAACAAACGUGGCAGAGAUAUGACGUUGAAUGCUUCUUUGCUGAUGGAGCAUGACAAUGUGUAAGUGCCAUAUGCAACAUUUCUUUUCUAAGAAAUGAUGGAUUACUAUUAAUAAGGGCUAUUGUGUGUUUUGGGUAUUGAUUAUAAAUCAAUAAACACUAAUAUUACAUGUAUGUGGUGCUAUUGUUUCUUUCUUUUUAUCUUGUGGGACAAAAACAUAUUGUAGUUCUGAAUGCAGGGGUAGACCCACGUAAAGUGGGUCGAGAUGCCCGGACCUCGAUGUUUAUUAAAAAAAUUCGUAGAUUCAGAAUA